UUUAUUACGGGCAUCGGCAACGGUAAGGACAUCAACAAAACGGCGAAAUAGCGCAGACGGCAAGAUACAGCAAGGUUCACGGCCAAACAAGAUGUCAAGUUUGGUGCUGUGACUGCUACUAUUGAACAAGCCUGUACGCCACCAACGAUAACAAGUUAUGGCUGACUAUAGCUUAGUGCGUCGCGGGAAACUUGUGUUGAAGGGCCGCACAACGAAGAAGCACAAGAGUAAGAGCAAGUCGAAGCAGAGUUUAAGUGGCGGUGACGAAAGGAUGGAAAGUCAGGACACCGUCAGCCACGGAGGCUGGUGGGAGCUGAAAGCGUUCGAAGAGUACACGGGUCCCAUAGCCAUCGAGUUCACUCCGUACUGCUACGUGUCGUCGCAGGAUAAUGGCUUGUUUGUACUUGGCGGGCCGCACCCACCUGGCGAGGGCCCUUUUCCAGAGGAGAUUCUGACUGCUGUCAAGUUGUCGGAUACGAAGAUAGCCCUAAAAUCCGGCUACGGGAAGUACCUUUCUGUCCAGCCUGAUGGCACAGUCGUCGGACGGUCAGAUGCCAUAGGCCCACUUGAACAGUGGGAACCUGUCUUCCAAGAUGGUAAAGUGGCUCUUCUUGCCAGCAACAGCUGCUUCCUCACAGUGGUUGAUGGUACAGAUAUAAAGGCCAGUUGCCGUUCUGCAGGCAGCGAUGAAAUGAUUAAGGUGCGUGCUGUGGCUAAAGCAGACACUUCAAAGGAGAAAGAUGUUCCUGAAGAAGAAAGAGGGUCCUUGGGAGAAUGUGAAGUAAAUUAUGUGAAAAAGUUCCAGAGCUUCCAAGAUAGAAGACUUAGAGUGAGUCAGCAAGACAGAAAGGAUCUGAAGAAAGCCAGAAUAGAGGGGAUGCUCCACGAAGCUUUGCUGGAUAGACGGUCCAAAAUGAAAUCGGACAAGUUUUGUAAAUAAUUUGAGAACAUGAUGGUCACGUAUUUUGCACAUAGAAGCCACUGCAUCACAGUGGUGUGUGUCGCACACUUAUCUUUCAAGUGCAGUGGGCAGUUGUCCAGCAGAAGUAGCUGCAGAACUGCGCAAGUCUUAAUGACAUGAAAGGGACACUAUCAGCCUCAACUAAUGAUACAUUCUGUUAGAACUUCAUUUUCAUUAACUUGCAGAAAUUGAUUACUAAAAAAUAAAGGGUAAACCUUC